AUGCUUGUAAUAUUUCCCUCACUUUUGAGUGCAAACAAUGAAGAAGACACAGUAGUGGAAAUAAAACAAGGGAAAGUCAGAGGAUUCCACCUACCUACACUCUCUGGAUCCGUUAUAGCUUAUCUGGGCAUACCUUAUGGUGAAGCUCCAACUGAAACACAAAGGUUUAAAAAGCCCAAACCACGAAACCCUUGGCAAGGCAUUUAUAAUGCUACUAAAUAUGGCAAAUCCUGUUAUCAAAGGAAGGAUGAGGCCUUUGCUAGAUUUCCAGGUACAAAUAUGUGGCAAGUAAACAAUGAAAUGAGUGAAGACUGCCUCCAUCUAAAUGUUUGGGUUCCACUGUCCAAGCCAAAGUCAGCUCAUGUCAUGGUCUUCAUCUAUGGUGGGGCUUUUCUUGCUGGCACAUCUUCCUUGGAAAUAUAUGACCCAAGCAUCCUGGCUUUUUCUGAGGACAUAAUUGUAGUGUCAAUGAACUACAGAGUUGGGGCCUUUGGAUUCUUGGCAUUACCAGGAAACCAGGAUAUUCCAGGAAAUGCUGGCAUGUUUGACCAACAGUUAGCUCUUAAAUGGGUCCAUGAGAACAUUGUUGCUUUCGGUGGAGAUCCCAACAGUAUUACUCUUUUUGGACACAGUUCUGGAGCUGCAUGUGUUGGUUUUCAUUUGCUUUCUCCUGGAAGCCAAAACUACAUCAAAAGGGUAAUUUUACAAAGUGGCUCUGUUAGUGCACCAUGGGCAAUAAAUACUAAUAAAAGGGCUAAGAGAUUAACUUUGAAACUGGCAGAACUCCUAGGAUGUCCUGGUAAUGAUGAAAGUGCAAUGGUAGAUUGUUUACAAAAGAUGGAUGCUAUAAAAAUAGUUGAAAAACAGUUAUAUGUUGAAACCAUACAUCCCUUUGCUCUUACUAGAAUAGCACCCAUUGUGGACUAUGACUUUAUUAGUGAUACACCAUCUAAUGCUAUAAAACAGGGUUUUAAGAAAACAGAGGUUUUAAUAGGUGGGACUAAAGAUGAUGGAAAUCCUUUUGGAAUAUGGGGUGCUCCUGGCUUUAGCUGGGAACAUGACAGCCUUAUAACUACAGAAGAUUUGGUCAAAGGAAUUACACGAUUUUUUCCAACAGCUGGAGAACUUGGAAUAGAAUUAAUUUUAUUUGAAUAUAAAGACUGGGAAAAUAAAGACAGUAAAGAGCAGAACAGAGAGGCCAUGGAGCUUAUUUUACGAGAUUAUUACAUGAUUUGCCCAAUGAAGCACUUUUCACAGGAAAUAUCAAAACACAAACUCAACAUAUACUUCUAUGAAUUUGAUCAUCGGUCUUCUCAAGAGGUCUGGCCAGAAUGGAUGGGAGUUCUCCAUGGGGCCAUACUGCCAUUUAUGUUUGGGAAAGCACUCAUCAAAGAAAGAAAUUUCACAGAAGCUGAAGAAAAUCUUAGCAAGCGAGUUAUGAAAGUGUGGGCCAACUUUGCAAGACACGGGUAUGCUAUUUGUUUUUUUUAA